CCAGUCUCGAUGAGGGCGCCUCUCAUCAGUAACCAUGAGUAAAGCCGUCAAGCGACACUCGUAUCGCGCAUAGUCACGCGGUUGAGGUGGGUACAUGGACAUUCGAGACUUUGAGACGAAGCUGGGAGGCGUCUGGAUAAAAUCCAUCUCGUCUUCCGCGUCUGUGACCUCAACAGUCCUGCAGAACUUUGCAAGUGACCGACAUAUCUCACUAUGACAUCCCUAUCCAAGGACAGCAGUAUUCUCAUCAUAGGUGGUGGCACCUGGGGAUGCUCUAGUGCUCUUCACCUUGCUCGUCGCGGAUACAAGAAUGUGACCGUACUGGAGGCCCAUCCCAUCCCUUCGCCCAUUUCAGCAGGCAACGAUGUCAACAAAAUCAUGGAAGAGGGCGAGCCUUCAGAGAAUGACACCGAGGAACAAUAUGUUUGGAACCGUAUGCAUCAAAUCACGACAAAAUACUGGAAGGAGGAUCAUGUCUUCAAGUCGUUCUACCACCCUACAGGUAUCAUCUUCAGUGCCAUAUCAGAUGAUGUCUAUGAGCAUGUGAAAGGGUAUACCAAGGGGACAGAGAGCGAGUGGAUCUCUCUGGACUCACCCGAAGACUUCAAGAAGACCAUGCCUGAGGGUGUAUUGCAGGGUGACUUUCCAGGCUGGAGAGGGUUCUGGAAAGACCAUGGUGCCGGUUGGGUGUUUGCUCGCGGUGCAAUGAUGUCCGCGUACGAGGAGGCCUCGAAGCUGGGCGUCAAAUUCGUGACCGGCGACUCAGCAGGAAAGGUGACAUCGCUCCUCUACUCAGAGUCAAAGGACACAGUAUUGGGCGCAAAAACAGCAGAUGGCACUUCCCACCACGCCGACCAAAUCAUUCUCUGUGCAGGAGCAAACGGUGACCUCCUUUUCGACUUCGAGCAGCAACUCCGACCUACCGCAUGGACGUUGGCUCACAUUCCUCUCUCUGUUGAGGAGGCGGCAAUCUUCAAGGACUUGCCAGUAUUGUACAACCCUGAGCGUGGGUUCUUCGUCGAACCAGACGCUGAAAAACGUGAGCUCAAAUUCUGCGACGAGCAUCCUGGUUACAUCAAUAUGGUGAAGAACGCGACUCCCGGAUAUAGCGAGGGAACCACACACUCGCAACCGUUCGCUCGCCAUCAGAUCCCAGUUGAAAGCGAGACACGCAUGCGAAAGUUUUUGCAAGAGGCAAUGCCUCAGAUCGCAAAUCGCGACUUUAGUUUCGCACGAAUCUGCUGGGACGCCGAUACUGUGGACAGACAGUUCUUGAUCGACAGACCGGAAGGCAAGAAUGGAUUGGUGGUUGCGGCUGGAGGAUCGGGAAUGGGGUUCAUGAUGAUGCCUGUGGUUGGACAAUUGAUCGUCGACCGAAUGGAAGAUGUGAUGGAGGAGAAGUUGCAGAAGGGAUUGCGAUGGCGUCCUGAGCAGGCUGUUGGAAGAGAUUGGCAAGCUAUCCAAGAUAGACAUGGUGGUGAAGGUAAGAUCAUGGAUUUUCAUGAUGUCAAGGGAUGGACCAGUGGCAAGGGAGAUAAAGAGCCCAACAUUGACGAGACUGCAAAGGACUCGAAGGUGUGUAGUGCCAUGUGAGCCGCGACUGCCAUCGAGCAAGUCGAGUCAAGUGUCUCAACCUUGCUCCUCGACAUGUCCAUCACACACAGAAAUGGAAGUUGCAAAUCUAGCAACUUCCCACAUCUAGAAACUGCUAAACCAAUCAUCAAGUCUUCGGAGCUCUCAGACUCAUAUUGAAGCUCCACAUGUAACAUGUCGUCGUAUUGUGACCAAGCCACAACCACCUCGUCGUGUAGAUAUACCACCGAUCACGUAUAUACCCACCCUCGUCAUCACCAUCACAACAAAUCGACCAAGCAG